CCCAGUUCUCUCCAGUUGGUAAAGCAAAUAGCAUCGUAGGACCAACAACGCAACAAUCUUUGGAUCCUUUCCCUCUCUCUCUUGAAGGCUUUUACACACACACACUCUCUCUCUCUCUCUCUCUCUCAAACACUUUCCUCUUGUGUGGGUUUCUCUGCAAAACCUUUUUCUGUGUGCAGAACUCUGAGCUUUUUCCAUGAUGGGAAAGGUGGAGAGGGAAAGCUAUUUAUGACCCGAGAGUGAACUAGUUUAUUCAUAAAUCAUUUUUCGUUUGUGGGUUUUUUAUUUUUUGGUUGAUUUGUUGAUCUUGGUGUUGAAGAUCGGUUUUUGUUGACAAUGAAGUCGUCAACUCGGCUUGAGUCAGCUCUGUUUCAGCUCACUCCAACUCGGACGAGAUGUGAUUUGGUGAUAUCUGCCAACGGGAAGAUGGAGAAAAUGGCUACAGGAUUGCUGAAUCCAUUUCUUGCCCACUUAAAGACUGCACAGGAACAGAUGGCCAAGGGGGGUUAUUCGAUUGUGCUCCAGCCAGAGUCUGGCACUGAUGCAACAUGGUUCACAAAGGGAACCGUCGAAAGGUUUGUUCGCUUUGUGAGCACUCCAGAGGUCUUGGAGCGAGUUUAUACAAUAGAAUCUGAGAUCUUGCAGAUUGAGGAGGCAAUUGCGAUUCAAAGCAACAAUGAGAUAGGGCUGAGUACCGUAGAAGAAAUUCCAGCUAAACCUGUGGAAAGCAUUGAAGGUAGCCGCCCGUUGCUGGACUCUAAUGAGGAGAAAGCCAUUGUCCUCUACAAGCCUGGAGAACGUCCGCCUGAAGCAAAUGGGUCUGCUGCCCAGGAGGGCAGUUCAAAAGUCCAGCUAUUGAAAGUCCUAGAGACGCGGAAAACUGCAUUACAGAAGGAGCAAGGCAUGGCCUUUGCACGUGCUGUAGCUGCAGGUUUUGACGUUGAUCACAUGGCGCCUCUGAUGUUGUUUGCAGAAAGCUUUGGGGCGUCACGUUUGAAGGAUGCUUGUGUAAGAUUUAUGGAAUUAUGGAAAAGAAAGCAUGAGACUGGACAGUGGGUUGAAAUUGAAGAAGCUGAGGCAAUGUCUAACCAAUCAGAUUUUUCUGCUAUGAAUGCAUCAGGCAUUAUGCUUUCUAAUGUGAUCAAUAAGCAGAAAGAAUUCAGUGAAACUGCUGAAAAUAACGGCGGAGCAAGCAUUGGUGCAAAUGCAGAUGAGAAGCCUCCAAUGGAUCACCAGUCACCCAAUACUCAAGAACAAUUUCAAGGGCAGUAUCCACACCAUUUGUUCCCUCCAUGGCCAAUUCAUUCUCCACCUGGUGCACUACCAGUUUUUCAAGGGUAUCCCAUGCCAGGCAUGCCUUACUAUCAAAAUUAUCCAGCAAAUAGCCCAUAUUUUCAGCUACCUUAUCCAUCAGCUGAGGAUCCUAAACGUAAUGCUGGCCAAAGAAUGGGGCAGAGAAGGCAUUCCAUGGAUGGUAGAGACACUGGUAGUGAAUCAGAAACCUGGGAGACAGAUGGUCCUAAAGCAAUAUCUCAGGAUGAUGCAGAACUGGAGAAACAAACUUCAAGAAAGAAGGCUAGCCGAUCCAGUAAAAAGCAACCUGGCAUGGUAGUCAUUCGGAACAUUAAUUACAUAACUUCAAAGGGGCAAGCUGCUUCGGAUAGUGAAUCACAAUCAGCUUCAAACUCUGAAACUGAUGAUGAAGAUGGAGAUAUACAAGGCAGUGCUCAAGAGACGAAGCACAAAAGCAGUUUGAGAUCUUCAAAAAGAAAAGAGAGUCAUAUAUCAUCUAUGAAUGCUGACAUGCAAGGGACAGUUAAUAGGAAGGAUGAAGAAGGUGGACAGUGGCAAGCAUUUCAAAAUUUUAUACUUAGAGAUGCCGAUGAAGAGGAACGUGGUGUUGACCAAGGCAUGUUUGCAAUGGAAAAGGGGGUUCGAGCAAGGCAGCGGCAGAGUACAGCUGGUGAUGAUCCUUUAGUUUCAAGUGGUCGAGAUAUGGGUGAGUAUCACCAAGGGAAUAUUACCGAUAUGCAUAAAAUUAGUGGAAAUAUAGCUCGCAGGCCUAAGGGGUCAAGAGAUGAAUUAUUGAACUCUGGAAGAGUGGAUCAGUCUGGUGAUAGUAGAAGGUUCAUAGAUGGUCAAAUGGAUGUAGAGUCCACAGAAAUGAAUGGCAGGAGGGGGGCAUAUAGGAGGACCACAAAUGAAGAUUUUUUGAUUCGUAGACUGGAAAAUCAAUCAGGUUUUACGAAUUCUCCAUCUGAUCCACUGUUUGUUAAUGGAUUUGAGCGAGCAACUAAUGAUUUCGAUAGAAGGUCAUCACAUAACAUGGAUGAUGAUUCCUACAUAGUACCAUUGAGGUCAGCUUCACAAGAUCAAGUUGGAACUGAUGGAAGAAAUGCUAUUGACUUGGCUUCUGAGUUCCCAUCAUCAAAUCAGAUGACAGAGAACAAGUCUAAUAGGGUUGGAAACCAAGUCAGUUAUGAACCAGAUGAAUUAAGUUUGAUGCCUGAGCGUGGAGCAGAAAAAGGAUCAUCUGGUUACGAUCCUGCCUUAGAUUAUGAAUUGCAAGCUAAUGUCGAAGAUGGUGCUUCACUGAAUAAGAAAAAUAAGGAGGCUGUGACUGAUGCCAAGCAAGGGUCCAAAAAGUUAGACAAGGACCGGAGAACAAAACUUAUGGAUACUUCAGAUAAGAAGAAGAGUGUAGGACCAAUAAGGAAAGGAAAGCCUUCAAAGUUGAGUCCUCUGGACGAAGCAAGAGCGCGUGCUGAGAAACUAAGAGCCUAUAAAGCUGAUCUGCAGAAAAUGAAGAAACAGAAGGAAGAGGAAGAGUUAAAACGCUUGGAAGCUUUGAAGAUAGAGAGGCAAAAGAGAAUUGCUGCUAGAGGCAGUUCAAUUCCUGCUCAAUCGCCUUUGCCCUCACAGCAAACCCGAAAACAGUUACCUACAAAACUUUCUCCUAGUGCUCAUAAAGGUUCAAAGUUCAGUGAUUCAGAGCCUGGACCAUCAUCGCCCCUACGGAGGUUCUCUGUCAGAACUGCUUCUUUAGGAUCCAGUGAUUCGCCCAAAGCCUCUAAACCCAGCAAAUUGAAUAAUGGAAGCCACUCUGAUGGAAAUAGGUUAACCCGGUCAGUGUCAUCAUUGCCUGAGCCAAAGAAAGAAAACACUGCUGUAACACCUGAUACAAAGGUAUCCAUGGCCAGGAUUAGAAGAUUAUCUGAGCCUAAAAUAAUUAGCAGUCCACAUGUUUCUUCAGUGAAGCCACGAAGCGCUGAACUAUCAUCAAAGCCAAAAUCAUCUAACGGGCCUGAGAUUAAGAAAAUAUCGGCAAUCGUGAACUAUGAUAAAACCAAAGCUGCCUCUCUUCCAGAACUAAAAGUUAGAAAAUCUAAAGAAACUGAUGUUAUCCAUAGCAAAUCAGCAGCAAAAGAAUCGACACAGAAGGUAAAUGGAACUAAAUCUUCAACCUCUUCUGAAGGCACUGAAAUGAAGAGGAAUAAGGACAAAAAUUCGCAUCAUAGUGAUGGGGAUGACAAUUUGGUUAUUGAGAAGACUGUUGUGAUGCUCGAAUGUGAGAAACCAUCCACUUCUGUACACAAAAGAGAAGAAAAUAUGGAGUUUAAGAAGGGACACUCUAAUGAUAAGGAUGUGGUUCAGAAAAAUAAGGCGGUGUCAGAUUAUGUUGCUAUUCGUGCACCAGUGUCACCACUAACCAUUGAUGGAGCUGAUAAAGAAUGUAUUGAACACCAAUUACAGGAGAAACCCUCUUCAUAUGAGAUGACAACAGGAAACUCUGGUAAUUCAGAGAAGGAAUUACCAAAAUUUUCAAGCUUCAGUGGUAUUGAAAAACCAUAUCAAGCCCCUUUUGCUCGGGUCUCUUCUUUGGAAGACCCAUGUACUAGUAAUUCAGAGUAUGGAAAAGCACCCCCAACGAAUAUACAGAUUGUAGCAACAGGGACAGAGAUGGUUAAAGAUCAUGUUUCUGAUUCUAAAAGUUUGAAACUAGAAAAGAUUCCAGAAGUGUUGGAUAGGCCUCAGACUAAAGAAUCAUCAAAAGGUUUUAGACGACUAUUGAAGUUUGGGAAAAAGAAUCAUAGCUCAGCUACAAGCGACCGUAACAGUGAAUCUGACAAUGUCAGUGUCAAUGGUUCUGAGGCAGAUGAUGGUGUCACAAAUGUGGCUUCCUCUAGUGAAGUUCAUACAUUGAAAACUCUGAUCUCUCAAGAGGAAACCCCUACUGCUGCUGCUGCUCCACAAAAGUCUUCCCGAACUUUCUCUUUGUUGUCACCCUUCCGGAGCAAGAGUAGUGAAAAGAAGCUGACAACUUGACAAUACAGGUGCUGCUAGAGCUGUGAGUCUGGAAGCUGCAAAUUGGUUUCAUUUGUGCCAUUUGGCUGCGUAUUGUUACAGAUUUUGUGUUUUAGUUAGUUUCCAGUCUUAUAAUGUGCAAGGAAAAUAUAUAUAUAUAUAUAAGGUAAGUUAUAAAAGUUGCUGUUUGUAC